GCGCGCGUAACACCGCUCCCCAAGGGGGGCGGGCAGUGUUGGGGGGGGAGUGAGCUGGCGGCGCGCAUGCGCGGCAGGCAGGAAGCCGGCCCUUGGGGAGGGGGUUGCGCUGGCAUGGCGGAGGCGCGGCCAGGCGCAGGUGCUUUGAAUUUCAAUCCUGAUGCUGCUAAUUCCAUUCCAGGAGAAAGGCAACCUACAGAUAUAAACUGGGCCAACAAAGAUAGAAAAGAUUCCAGCAGUAAUCUGAAUAGAAGUAAUUUACCAUUUCCUAGUCUGUCUUCUGAAAGAGGUACAGAGUAUGAAAGCUCUUCUGCAAAGCAUCAUGGCAUUUGUAGUCCAGAAAGUCAGUAUGGGAAUCCUGAAGACUUUCACCGGUAUUUUGGUAAUAGUAAAAGUCUGAAGAACCGCAACUUGCAAAGCCAGAGAUGGCACAGAUCAAGAAAUGACAGCGCAUGUACUAGAAGUAAGAUAAAGCCAAGUACUGCUGAUGCUGCUGCAGGUCCGGGAGUUUCAGAUGCUGCAGUGGUACCAGGGAGAAGAGCACCUGCUAGAGGAUACAAUGACUUUGUCUCCUCAGAGAGUGACAGGGAAGUACCGAGUGCUGAUAGCAGGGGAGCAAAGCCAAAGAAAACACACCUGAUGCAUGUAUCUGGAAGAGGUUUCAGGGAGAAGGCAAAGCAAGUACAUGACCGGGAAAAGAGAGUGAGCUCUAAACAGAAAGUAGAGCUGUUUGAAAAUGUUCCAUCCUUGGAUUUGACUCAGUCUGACUCUUCAGAAUCAUCUGUUGGAAAAGCAUUCUGUGAUGCCCCUGUUGGUGGUGUGGAUGAGCAGAAAGGCUACAAUUACGCAAACAAAAGAUAUCCUAGGAAGCCUGUGUGGAAUAAACCCCCUGCAGAAAAAGAGUGUCAGAAAAGACAUGAUUCUCACCGUAGUAAAAAUACAAAAGUAAGUAAGAAGUCUUCUCUUGCAUAUACUCCAAAAGAUAAAAAUGAAAGGAAGAAAGAACUGUCUGUUCACAGAAAUGAUGAAACCUUGACGAGUGAUAUCAGGCAUCAGUUGUCUGAUUCUGUCAGAUGUAAUGGAAGAAAGUUCCUUCUAAAGGGGGAUCAAGCACCUGCACUUCAUUUCAGCUGGACCCAGUACUGGAAAAAGCAAAGUGAUGUACCAAAAAACAAAGAAACUCAUACAGGGUCAUUGAUUGAACAGCUGACCACAGAGAAGUAUGAGUGCAUGGUAUGCUGUGAGGUGGUCCGAAUAGUAGCCCCAGUGUGGAGCUGUCAGAAUUGCUACCAUGUGUUUCACCUGAACUGCAUUAAGAAAUGGGCACGAUCACCAGCUUCACAAGCUGAAGAUGGCAAUAGCGGUUGGAGAUGUCCAGCUUGUCAGAAUGCUUCCAUGCAAGUUCCUAAAACUUACACUUGUUUCUGUGGUAAGGUGCACAAUCCUGAAUGGAAUAGAAAUGAAAUCCCACAUAGCUGUGGGGAACUUUGUGGAAAAAAGAGACAGGGUUUGGACUGUCCACAUCUUUGUAACAUCCUGUGCCAUCCGGGACCUUGCCCUUCGUGCCCAGCCUUUGUGACAAAAACAUGUGAAUGUGGACAAACAAGUCAUUCAGUUCGCUGUGGCCAAUCAACAAAAAUCCAUUGUUCUAAUGUAUGUGGAAAUACUUUAAACUGUGGUAAGCACAGCUGUACUCAAGUGUGCCAUGCUGGAAAAUGUUCACCUUGCCAAUUAACGGUACAACAAGUGUGUUACUGUGGAAACAACUUUAAGGAUGUAUUGUGUGGGACGAAGGAAGAGUUCUCUGAUGGAUUUGGGAAUUUCUCGUGCCAGAAUAUAUGUGGCAAAAAACUAAAUUGUGGGAGGCACAAUUGCACACAAGUGUGCCAUCCUCAGCCUUGCCAACUCUGUCCGCGGCUUCCACAAGUAGUGUAUCGCUGUCCCUGCGGUCAGACUCCUCUCAGCAAGUUACUGGAACUAGGAUGCGUUGAACGUAAAAUCUGCACGGACCCUAUCCCCUCAUGUGGAAAAACGUGUGGCAAACCUCUUCCUUGUGGUAGCUAUGAGUUCAUUCACACGUGUGAAAGCCUUUGCCAUGAAGGAGAGUGUAGACCUUGUUCUCGCACAUCAAAUAUUUAUUGUAGGUGUGGCUUCAAAAAGAAGGAAGUCCCGUGUGCUCUCCUGAGAAAUAAAGCUGCUAUUACCUUCAUGUGUGACAAGCGAUGCAACAAGAAAAGGUCAUGUGGACGACACAAAUGUAAUGAAGUUUGCUGUGUGGACACAGAACAUAAGUGUUCUUUGGUUUGUGGUCGUAAACUCAACUGUGGGCUUCAUAGAUGUGAAGAACCCUGUCAUCGGGGCAGUUGUCAAACAUGCUGGCAAACGAGUUUUGAUGAGUUAACUUGUUAUUGUGGUGAAUCUGUGAUUUACCCCCCUGUCCCCUGUGGCACUCAGCCACCAGAGUGUAAAAAAACAUGCACCAGGCCACACGACUGUGAUCACCCAGUGUACCAUUCAUGUCAUAGUGAGGAGAAGUGUCCACCUUGUACCUAUCUCACUCAGAAGUGGUGUAUGGGCAAGCAUGAACUGCGCAGUAAUAUUCCGUGUCAUCUCACUGACAUUUCGUGUGGCCUUCGCUGCAAUCAAAUGUUAAAAUGCGGAAUGCACAAAUGUAAAAGAAUCUGUCAUAAAGGAGAAUGCCUUAUAGAUGAAGAGUGUAGACAGCCGUGUAUUAUUCCAAGGCUAUAUUGUAAUCAUCCCUGUAUGGCUCCAUGUCAUCCGUCUUCACCCUGCCCAACAACAUCCUGCUCUGCAAAGGUUGAUCUUCAGUGUGAAUGUGGAAGAAGAAAGGAGAGUAUGAUUUGCUCAGAAGCCUCUAAUACAUAUCAAAGAAUAGCUGCUAUUUCUAUAGCCACUAAGUUAACAGAUCUACAGCUUGGAGAUUCAGUGGAAAUCAGCAGGCUUAUUACGAAAAAAGAAAUGAAGCAGGCCAGGUUGCAAUGUGAUGAAGAAUGCUUAGCUCUGCAGAGAAACAGGCGUCUUGCUGAGGCUCUUGAAAUAGAUGAUAAUUCUGAUCCUUUUAAUAUCCGUUCUCCUGGACCAAAGUACAGUGAACUUCUAAAAGAAGAUGCAAGGAAGGAUUUGAAGUUUGUCAGUGACGUUGAGAAGGAAAUGAGAAUGCUUGUGGAAGCUGUGAAUAAGGGCAAGCAUACAAAGAAGAGCCAUUGUUACCCACCAAUGAACAGAGAUCACCGCAGAAUCAUCCAUGAAUUAGCUCAGGUUUAUGGCAUUGAAAGCGUGAGCUACGACAACGAACCAAAGCGCAAUGUUGUUAUCACUGCAGUGAAAGGGAAAUCCUUUUGUCCAAGCAAUACCUUAACUUCUGUGCUAGAUAAAGAAAUGCAGAGCAGGCCUCUGGCUCCACCUCCUAUUCCUCAUUACAAACAAACAGAUAAGACUACUGGAGACGGUGGUUUAUCCAAACCAUUAAAAGAAGAGCCGAUAAUUGACUACUUUGAUGUCCAGGACUAAAUUGGUUGCUGUAGAAUUAUGCUGUAGAAGCUUAGAGCUAGCUUACUACGGUGUGUGGGAUCUGUUGCCAAGAAAAUGGGAAGGCAGUUAUCCAUGCUUAGAUUCCUUUAUAGUUAUCGCACAACCCUGAGCCUUAACUGUGAAGCGUUCUGUGGCUACGUUUCAUCUUGAACAGCUUGUGAAACAUGAAAGAAUGAGCAGCAAACUCACAGACUGUAUCUGUCCCCAGAAUGUUUUGGAAAUUAAAAUGCAUGCUGUAACUGCCUUUUUUUUGUUGGAGCUUUUUAUUUCAGGCACGGAAAACAGGCAGUCGUAAAUGUUUCUAAAUAUUUGAAACGCAUAUACUUCAGGUGAAGAACUUACCAGAAGGAUUCUCAACCCUCAAGAGUUUCAUUUACAUGUAGUGGUUUAAAUUGGUUUGACCUUUGUUUUCUUUUUUUUUUUUUGUAAACAGGAAUGAAAAAUAAACUAGCAUAGCUUAUAUUGCCCUUAAAUUCUUGAGCAAGUUAAUGUCUGAUUCUACAAAGUGCACUGCUUUGCUAAGUUCAGCUGAAGAAAUUAAGUUGCUCAGCAUCUUCCCAGGAAUGUUUCCUCAGUCCCUUCCUUGUGAGGAGUGUUUUUCCAGUGUUUGCAGACAAGAGCCAGCUCAGGGUGGCCAGAAAAAGGCUAAUUCUGAUUUUGAAACUCAGAGCUAUGUUAACAUAGCACUGUUUUCAAGCUAGUAUGAUCUGUUAGGAAAAAUGUAGAUAGUUACACUGCAAAGGUAGUUCUAGACAGGAGCUGAUGCAGUUGGUAUACCACAGGUAGGCCUAACAUUACAGAAAACCAAAGUGAUUUAGUUGGUAGUAAAUAGAAUAAACCUGAAGCCUAUUAACUUUUCACACAGCUUCACAUAGCUAAAACUUGACAUUUGUACCUGCGAUUUGAAAUUUAAAAUGUUUUAAUAGCAUUAUAUUUAGCUCUGCUCCUUGGGAUUUUAUCAUAUGAUGGCUUUAACAUAAAUAUGUGAACCUUGGUGAGAUGCACUUAAGCAGUCACAUAUUCUGCCACUGCUUUUGAUCAGAAAACCCAGGUAAUCUUCAGCUUCUCAAGGUGAGACUAACAGUUAUUACCAAAUCUGUUCAUACUGAGAAAUCAUAAUUUUUACCACUAAGCCUCUAAAGUACAUGAAUGUUAAAAUAUUUUUAUAGAUCUCUGUUAAACAUCUCUGAAUCAUGUCUGUUAGAGUGUAUCUGUAGAUAUGAAACAAGUCACAUGUAUAGAAACAUUUAUUUUGAAGUACAUUUUAAUAACUUGAUUUAAAACAUGAUACCAUCCAUUUACCUAGGAAAGUAAAGCCAAAAAGAAAGUAUUGACGUCUUUCCUCCCAGUACGCAGUUACAUAGCCUUAAGAAGGAACUCAGCGAAGUUUAAUGGUGGUGCUGUCCUCUCUGUUCUGGUUUGCUUUUGCUGCGGUGUAUCUGUGAGUAUAAAGGCUGUAGUUUUGAUAUCUGUGGUAACUCAUCUUCGUAUUGCACGUGUGCCUCAUGGAAGUAUUUUUCAAAUAGCUAUUUUGUAAAUCUGAGCUGGCCUUUACACCUUUUAUCUAACAGAAACAUGAGUGGAUAAAAGAUACCUUUGCAUCAGUAAAGUCAGUGGCAAAAAUCCUGUUGACAUCACCAGAAACAAGCCUUCAGCUUCGAUAUGCGUGUCACUUUUCCACAGCCCUAAGAAUAAUACUGUUUCUUGUACAUUUAUCUGAAAGAAACACUCUGCAAUAAGCAUCUUUGGAAACAAAUUACGUGAUGUCAGUUGGAAUUCAUGCAACUUCAUGAAGUGCUUUUAAAAUGGUGUAUAAAAUAGGCAGAUCCUUUGGCAUUUGGGCUGUGCUUUUGCCUAUCUAUAUUGUUUAACAUGUUUAAAGUGCUCUGAAUAUUCAGUGCUUGGGUUUAACCUAACAUUGUGUAAGAUGCUUAAGUAGUCUUCAAUACCACUGUUUCUGUGGCAGUUUUGUACAGUACCUGCCGCAUAAUGAAAUGAGCAAAGUAAAAUUGUUCUAAACAACUUAUUUGUUGGAAGUUUUAUAUUUUACUUGAUUUUUUUCUUUUUCUUUCAAAUGGCUGGUAUAAAAUUUCUUUAUAAACGUGAAAUAAUUCCAGGUUGAAAUUGCAGUGCUUUGGGAAUUGUUUGGAAGCUUUGUCUUGGCGUUCCAAACUUGGAAGACUGAGGUAUGACAGAGAAAGAAGUAAGGAUGUAAAUGGAAGUCUAGGAAGUCCUUUUCCUCAAAUGAAGUACGAUUUCCUGGAUUUGAAGUGAUUUUUAAAUGAAUGCUGUAAGAAGAAUGAAGCAUUUCUCCUUGGGAAAUGGAGAAUAAGGAUUAUCUGCUACCUUCUUGGAAUUCAGAAGUACAGGAGAGGUGAUUAUCUGAAUAGAAGUGUACAUUUUGAUUAUCUGAAAAACCCUUUACUAUGUCAGCCUAAAUGCUACUUGGCAAUAAAAUGUAUGAUUUUAA